AUGGGCUGGCUGGAUCGAAUACCACGGGCGGGCAACCUGUACAUUGGCGGCCAAAGGGCGCUCUUCCAGACCAACCUUGUCAAGGAGGCUGGCAUCACGCACGUCGUCUCGGUCAUUGACUAUGACGUGGACGCGAGGCAGCUCGAAAGGAUGAAGCAGCUGCACAUUGACGCAGAAGAUGUGCCUGGGGAGAACCUGCUUUGCUAUUUCAACACCACGACGACAUUUAUUGAUGACGCGCUCGAAAGCGGAGGUGCCGUGUUUAUUCACUGCGCCAUGGGAAAGUCUCGGUCCGCGACGAUUGCUUGCGCGUACUUGAUGUGGAAAUAUGGGAUCUCGCCGUCAGAGGCGCUGGCCCAGGUCUGUGAGGGGAGACCAGUCUGUCAGCCAAACAUUGGCUUCAUGGAGCAAUUAUCGGUAUAUCACCAAAUACUGGGGGAAGACGACGACAAAAUUCGAGACAAAAUCAUAGAAGAAUGGGAAAAGACGCGGUUUCAGGGCAAAGUAUGGGAGUGGGAUUCGAGGACGCUGGUGACUGGGAAGUCAAAGCUCUAG